GGCGGAAGUCAGUGAAGCAUACUUAUGCGGAUGGGCGCUAUGAAAUAUACAAAACAUCAUCACCAGUGAGCCUGGGAGAAAGCGCCGGUGGGUGAUCUUUUUUUGCUCUGCACGGUGUGUGCAUUUUGAACGGGGGAAGUGAGCGUUUCAUCGCCACGGAGAACUUCGGAAAAUGUAAAUGUUUGGCUACAUUGUAACUGCUGCGCCUUAUAUAAAAAAAUAUCACAGAGACGACGCAUGUCUUGAUGGAAUAGCUGAGACUAUACGGAUUGUGUGAAUAUCUGCACUCCACGAUCACUGUAGCCUACAUAAAUACAUAACUGACAGUAUUUCUACAGCACAAAAAUAAGAGCAGUGUAGCCUGGGAGUAGCGAUUCAGCCCGUCAUGCCAGCGAGACAGGAAGUGUGUGUGUGAGCCCGACCAGUCCGGUGGGCUGCGCGGGGAUGAACAUGCCACUGCACCAGAUCUCUGUCAUCCCCCGUGAUGUCACUUCCUCCCGGGUCAGCGGCAGCGGAAAGUCCAAGGACAAGGACAAACAGAAUGAGAAGCACCUGGGUCAUUCUGCCAGCAGGUCCAGCAACAUUUCCAAGGCGGGGAGUCCCACCUCCGUCAACGCCCCCUGCAGCUUUUCACGGUCAUCGGUCACCCCCUCCAACCAGGACAUCUGCAGGAUCUGUCACUGCGAAGGAGACGAUGACAGCCCACUGAUAACACCGUGCAACUGUACAGGCAGCUUACGCUUCGUCCACCAGGCGUGCCUGCAGCAGUGGAUCAAGUCCUCAGACACACGCUGCUGUGAACUCUGCAAGUACCAGUUCAUCAUGGAGACCAAGCUCAAACCCCUUCGCAAGUGGGAGAAGCUCCAGAUGACGUCUAGUGAGAGGAGGAAGAUCAUGUGUUCUGUGACGUUCCAUGUCAUCGCCAUAACUUGCGUGGUGUGGUCCCUCUACGUGCUCAUUGACCGCACUGCAGACGAGAUCAGAACAGCCGGAAGAAUCCCAGGUAUCCUGGAGUGGCCAUUCUGGACCAAGCUGGUGGUGGUAGCCAUCGGCUUCACGGGUGGCCUGGUCUUCAUGUACGUCCAGUGUAAAGUCUACAUCCAGCUGUGGAGGAGACUCAAGGCCUACAACCGGGUGAUCUACGUUCAGAACCGCCCAGAGAUGUGUAAAAAGCAAGUGUUCGAGAAGCUGCCCCUCAUGGAGCCCAGUUUGGAGCACAAGGAGGCUCUGGCCCUCACCCAGUCUGACACAAACUCCUCCCAGUACACAGAGACAGAGGACUACAGUAUGGAAGUGCUACAUGUCUGACCAACAUAUUACUGAAGCCCCCAGACCAUUUUACAUAUACUAAUACACAGGCACACUCUGGCUGACCAACAUAUACACACAAACACGGGCAAACCAAGUAAAAAACACAAAACACACAGACAUGCAUAAGACUAUAGUAUGGGGGUUGUACUAAGGUGUGAGUGACCCACCUUCACCCUUCCCCCAUCUCCACACAGUCUGAAACAGUAUGGACCAGUCCCCGCUCCCAGGACUAGACCUUCACUGGGCCAAUAGACCCCUCAUAUACAUAUAUAUACAUACACACACACACACACACACACGAUUGAGACAGAUGAUCUCACUCGGCUCCAGAGGUUUCUGUUGAGCUGUUUGUUUGUUGCUUUGUGUGUUUGUUAGCUUGUUUGUUUGAUUUAUUUGUUUUACUUCCUGUGAAUCAUGGGCUAAACCAUCAUGGAUCAGUGUGUAGCGCCGCCGUUUCUCUGGAAUAUUUUAGAACAUUCUGGAACAUUGAACAUUCUAACUACUGCCACCGUACUGCUGUUGUCCGAGAGCCCGCUAAAGGCCCGCUCCCACGCCUCUCUGAGAUUGGGACUGGAUUGGACCGGAUCUGACCAUGCAUUGAAGCACUUUUUGGUUUCUACCAAUACCCCUCUCAACCCUCUUCUCUUUUAAUAUGAAUAAAGUACUUUAUAGUAUAUCCCAGCAAACAGGGGACGUCCUAAGCAACAUUGCCAUUAGAGUCCUUUGCGGGGUUUUGGCUAAAUGUUAUUCCACUGCCGUUCUGAGAACAUUCUAGAAAUAUUCAAACAUGACAUUAACAUCAGGACGAUAAGGGGACGUUCAGUACUGAUCCCAGUUUGGUUGUAGUAUAACUUUAUAAUAAGGUAAUUUGAUGUCCAAUAGGGAACAUUACAAAUAGGUUCCGAUAACCAGGAAGUAGACAAAAAACACAAGACCAUGGCACAAUGUCCUGACGUUCUGGGGACGUCCUAUGGACACUUUUGUUUGCAGGGAUAAGUGUGGGAAAUUGUACAGCAACAAAUAGGAAGAUUUGUGUAAAAAAUCCCUUGUUUUAUAUUUGACAUUUCUGUCCCACACACAGACCUGCCCUCCCUUGGGUGGAAAUUGUGGAAAGCAAUGAAUGAUGGGGGGGGAAUGGAAUUAUGCCGAAAUGAUCAUUGCACUUUUCACUUAACACUGAAAGUAAUGCUAAAUAUGGCCUACUGGUUACUCAAGCCCUGUGGUUUUUAAUACAACCAAAACAUAACUUUGGGAUAACAUCAGAUACAGCCAUCCACCUGACUUUACCUCCCUCUGACAAAAGAACUCUCUGAAGGCUCUGAGAAUGUAAUGUUUUGAAAAGCAUUUUCUACCAACCAUUCAUUCACAAGAAAUCGCUAAAUAGUCUCCCAUGUCAGUCAUCAUCAUAACAUGAACCUUUGGAAAACCAACCAAUCGGUCAUGUUUUUUCUAUUGUGUGAAUGAUACAGUACUUGUGGUAUUCCAUGUGCAGUUUGUAAUAAUAGUAAUCAUGGGUUCUAUAUGAUGCCUUGAGGAAGCUACAGCCUUGCUAUAUUUCGACUGUUCUCUUAUCCUCCUAUUGACUUCUCUGAUCACACUAAUAAUGAUCAUGUAGAUGGGAUUAUUCAAAUCCAAAUUUACAUAAGAUUAUGUGAAUUUGAUCAGAGGUAGUAAGAGAUUGGAUACACGGCCUAUUAUCAUUAUUAUGAGAGGCCCUAAUACUGAGCCUAUUUUUACUAUGGUGAUGAUCGUGGGUGGGUUAUACUGUAGCAUGUCUUUUUGGUUUAGUUUUAUACAUACAGUCAGUCAGUGAGACUCAGGUGAGCAACGGACAAUCACCUGAUACAGAGACAACAUACAUUUUUCAGUCGAGCUAAAGUCUCUGUUGCACAGUCAGACAGCCUCCAGUUUCCAACCACGAUAACUCAGAUGUAUUAUGUUACAACGAUCAGUCCAUAACCCACCUGCUGUUUCACUAAUUAUUAUUCAAUGUAACUUAAUGUAUCGUUCUUUCUCACAUCUGGCAUUAUGAGGGUUUGAUUAGAUGCAUUUGUAAAUUGAUCAGUUUCAGUCCACAUAAUGUUUCUAAAGUAACAUCUGAUGGCUUCUCUCCAGUAAAGCAGAGUUGCCAUAUGUUGACAAUAAAGACACUAUUUCCCUGA